UUUUUUUUUUUAAAAAAAAAAGGCCGAAAAACUAGUAUAGAGAGAAUUGGUGCACUAUUUAAAAAAAAUCUUUCCUUCAUUCUCUUUAUUAUCUCUUUUUCCAUUUUAUAUAUUAGACCCUAUGCCUGCUACUAAACGCCGUAAUAAUACUACUCCUGAAAAGGCCAACACAAAACGCACAAGAGCCUCUCCUGCUUCUGACGCUGAAGCAGCAGCUAAGCGUGCUAAAAGACGUGUUCGCACUUUACUCAACAAAGUUGCUGAGCGUCCUACUGAUGCUGGACGCGUAUUUGUAUGCGGUACAAAUGAUUUUGGUCAACUCGGUAUUGAAGGUGAUGAAAAAAACCGUCCUGUCCCUUUAAAGACGUUAGCCGAUGUUGAUAUCGUUGAUGUUGCCUGUGGUGGAUUGCACUCAUUUGCUAUGACACCAGAAGGAAAUUUAUACUCUUGGGGAUGCGCUGAUGAAGGCGUCUUGGGCCGUGAAGGCAAUAACGAAGUACCUGCAAAGGUUGAUGUUGGUGAUGUUAGUUUUGUCAAGGUUGUUUCUGGUGAUUGUAUCAACAUGGCUAUCACUGCUGAGGGUAAAUUAUAUACCUGGGGUACUUAUCGUGGCACUGAGGGCAUCUUUGGGUUCUCUCCUACACUCUUGAACCAAAGAACUCCUCUUCUGUACUCUGCUCUUGCCAAGGAAAUCAUUGUUGAUGUUGCUACUGGCACAAAUCACUCUUUAGCUUUAACUGCUGAAGGCCGCAUCUACGCCUGGGGUUAUGGUGAACAAGGCCAGCUUGGCCGUCGUGUGUCUGUUCGUCAUCCAAAGGAUUCACUUCGUUGUGAUCUUGUUGGUUUGAAGAAUGUGAAGCUUAUCGGUGCUGGCUCCUACCACUCCUUGGCUGUCACACAUGACAAUAAGUUGUAUGCUUGGGGUCUUAAUAAUUAUCGACAAUGUAUUGAUAGCGAUGAAAACAUCAUCCCUUCGCCCACACUCGUUUCUUUGCCUGAAUCAAUUGGUACCAUUGUCUCUGUUGAUGCUGGUGAACACUUUACACUUAUUGUUAAUGAAGCAGGAGAAGUUUUCACUUAUGGUCGUGGUGACGCCAACCAAUUGGGCUUAUCUGAAGAGGUCAUGGCUCCAUUAAAAGUAAAAUCAGAAGAAUCUGCAUUCAAGUUUAUUAUUCCUGUUGCUACCAAGGUCUCCGAUUUACCUCCUGUAUCCCAUAUUUCUGUUGGUACUGAAUUUGUUCUUACUGCUUGUCAAAACGGUCAAGGUUACUCUUGGGGAUUCAAUUCCAGUAAUGCUAUUGGCAACGGUAGUGACGAUGAUGAACCUGUCCCCAAGUUAUUAAGAGGUAAAAACCUUGGAACCAACCUCAUCCUUCGUGUUGCUGCUGGUGGUCAACACUCUGUCUUCCUUACAAAGUCUGCCCCUGACGCUCCUGCCUCCGCAUAA